AGUAGGUAUCGCGCAACGCCAUCGGUGCGGGGAUCAAUAUACCUACCGUAACUUUCUAUCUAUCUCGCCUUGCCUUGUCUUUAAUUAAGUCCCUGGAAGGCUGAGGCAUAAAGAUAUAAUCUCUGGAAAAAUCAAAAUCAUGUCUUCCGCAAAACCCCAGGCAAAACUGCCCGUCGCAGUCAACAAGCCGACGCCGUACUCAUUCGAUCUCGCUCUACUUCUCGCCAAUGACCCGAACCCAGUAGAGCUCGACAAGACGGACCUGGAGGGCUCGCUGUCGAGCCUGGCCCGGGACGGCGCGCAGGCACUUAUCAACCAGCUCCUGACGACGUGCCCGAUCCAGUCCACUCCCUCUGGCGUGCUGCUGUCGCUGCCCGCGCAGCAGACGGCCCUUCCUCGCGAGAAGCCCCUCCCGGCCGCCAAGGAGCCGACCAAGUGGGAGCGGUUCGCCGCCAAGAAGGGCAUCAAGCCCAAGACGAGGGAGCAGCGCCGCAACAUCCAGUACAACGAGGAGAAGGGCGAGUGGGAGCGCAAGUGGGGAUACAAGGGCGCCAACAAGCAGCUCGAGAAGGACUGGCUCGUCGAGGUCGACCCGGCAAAGGAGGCCAAGCUCAAGGAGGGCGAGACCCUCAGAGGCCAGACGAGGAGGGAGAGGGUCGAGCGCCAGAAGAGGAACGAGAGGAAGAUGCGCAAGAACGAGCGGGACGCGGCCAAGAAGUGAUGGGAGAGUUGACGCUGUUGGACAAAUUUUCUGCGCUGUGCACAUAUGUGUUUCUUUUGGUUCGGAAAAAGGGCCUGGUUCAAGCGGCCAUACCGGUGUCUGGAGUUUGGCUUUUGUUAGGAAAUCUUGUGGAUAUCUUGGGUGGCUUUCUGUGCCUUUUCACUUCCAUGGCAAAUUCUUAUGACCUCCCCUCAGUGUUCUCGCCACUUGAUAUCGUGUCCAUGCCUACUGGUUGCAUACAAAGCACAAUAUCAUUCCUAUGUCAUUGUCAGUAUUGACAAUGGGUACAGCCAUGCAAUCCUUUAGCUGGCCUUCGGGAACCAAGGAUUCAAGGUGCACACCUUAUGCAGCAACAAUGACCAGUAAUCCCGCAGUGGAGCUCUGUCGCAUAUUCAACAAUAAUAACUGCUGCAUUUCCGAAA